AAAUAUCUCGCAUUUGAUUAGUUGACUGCCGAACAUCACAAGGAUCUGCAAUGCAACAUUUUUGACCUUACCAUCUUCACUGAAAAUAAAAACACUUUAAUUAAAUGUCUACAAUAACAUAUAUGCAAUACUAAUAUUGCUUCCAAAAGACUUUUAUUGACAUUCCCGUGUAUUAAACAACACUUCAGAUAAAAUGGCGUCUACUAGACAACCUUGGCAAUGUAGUGAUUCUGGAAUACUAAGGAAGAAAGAAAAUGAUGAAGAAGAACUUCUGGUUUUUGGAUAUUCGUGCAAACUAUUCCGAGACGAUGAAAAAGCCCUCUACAUUGAUCAAGGAAAACAUCUUAUACCUUGGAUGGGCGAUGAAGCAUUGAAAAUUGACAGGUAUGAUGGACGAGGGGCUUUAUAUGACUUAAAACAGUGUGAACCAUUGCCUGGUGGUCAUGAUGAAAAUUGGUGGGUGGGAUUAUCAGAAGCUGAACGUCAUGUGGAACAACUUUGUGAUGAAGAAAGGUAUAGGGCUCUUAACCACAAUGAAGAAGAAGAGGCAUUAUAUCAAGAGGAGGAAUUGAAAAGAUUGCACCAAGCCUUGGGAAAUAAUGCCUAUGGGCAAGUGGCUUUCGAUUACGAUGAAGCCAAUGGAAAGCCUGAAGAGAAAGGUGAUGGGGAAGUAAUGUCUACAGAAGAUCCGGAGGAAGAUGAAAUAUUUGUUGCUCCUACAGAACUUGAUAUUCCAGUGGGAAUGAUUCUUCCUGAUACAGUGAAACUAAAUGCAAUUAUUGAGAAGACAGCCUUGUUUAUAAGCAAACAAGGCCCCCAGAUGGAAAUACUUCUUAAAAUGAAGCAGGCCAACAACCCCCAGUUCCUGUUUCUGUCAUACGAUGCUCCUCUACAUCCUUACUACAGGCACCUUUUGGGUGCUAUAAAAGCGGGACGGUACCAGCCUCUCGCAUCCUCUCAACCUAAGGAGGAAAGUCAAGAAGAUAAUGGGGAUGAACAUUACCUCCAUCCCAGUCUGGCAGCUACUGGCUCCCGUGUUGAACUGGCCCCUUCCAUUCCCAGCAUCAACUACAAGCCCUCUACAGACUGUGCGUAUUCUAUGUUGGUGAAUCGUAUCAAGGACAAGCAAGCAGCAUUUGGCCUUAUACCAGCUCCCAAAACAGAAGAACAGCCGGUGCCUUCUGUUUCUUCAACUUCUGGUUUGGCAAUUUCCACUUUGGCAAGCACAGUGCCUGCCCUGGUUCCUGUCCCACAGUACUAUAUGGCAGAUCCAGUCAUAUCUGCUGCUCCUGUUCGUUACAACAUUAAACCUGAAAAGGUUGAAACAGAUCCUGAAACCUCAUCCGUGCAAGCUGCAGCUGCUCCUGCUCCUCCUGUUGUAGCUCCUGCUUCAGCCCCUGUUCAUGUUGUAUCUCGAGGAAGGGGUGGCUCACUGAAAGAAACCUCACGGAGAAGCGUUGCAAGUACACCAUCUACAAGAAAUGAAAGUGGUCCAAGGUCAGAUUCACCAAAUGUUUCUACACCACCUCAAGAUAUGCAGAUCAUUAUUGAUAAAAUGGCAAGUUACGUUGCCAAGAAUGGGCAAGACUUCGAGACAAUUGUUCGCAGCAAAGGGGAUCCUCGGUUUGCAUUUUUGGAGCCAACACAUUCAUACAAUUCAUACUAUCGUCACAAAAUUUCUGUGUAUUUGAAUAUUGAAAACGAAGGCAAGGAGAAACAAGUUGGUGUGGUUAAAGAUGAGCAGGCUGAAGUAUCUGAAGCAAGUCAAGGCAUAGAUACUGCUGGAGAAGAGAGUCAAGAUGGCACUUCCCUUCACUCCCCUUCUUCUGAGAGAGAGGAAUAUGACGGGGAGGAAAAUGGCCGACGCGGCAAACCUGCCCCAGUGUGUUUUUCCAUCAAGAAACCUAAGGAUACAGAACAUGGUCUGUUAGAAAAGCGAAGUGCAUUGCCUGUCGAGGAAAGUUCGGAUGAAGAAGGAGCCCAAGAGGGUGAAAAAACCAACAAAACUGAAAGCAAAGUUGAUAAGCCUCCCGUACAAACUACUGAUGUGGUGAAAGAAUCAGUAGUAGUUACCCCUGUUAAAGAAGAAGCAGAACUAAUAGAUCUUACUGAUGAUAAUGCCAUCACACAGCCUGAGAAGCGUUCUGGGACUGUGGAGAAAACACGAUGGGCUGAGGAGCGGCUGAAAGAUAAACUUGCUGCUGCGGCACGAGAAAAACUAGCUGCUGCAGCUAGAGAAAAGCAACUGCAAGCAGAAAGAAAGAGGAGGGCUGCAGCAUUCCUGAAUAUGAUUGGCCGUGAACAUCCAGUGAACAAAUCACAGCCCACUCUCAUAGGACCUCAGUUACCAGAUGGAGCCCCUGUUCAGUCGAUUCAGGAGUCUCCAAAGCUCGAGGUGGAUAGUGAUGUUUCUACUAUUCCCUCCCCAACUUCUGAUGAAGUGCCUUCACCACCUCAUAUUGGCAGGAUUCAAGCAUCGAAUCCAAAUCUUCGAAAAUUACGUGAUGGUGGUUAUUCUGGCUGUGAUCAAUCGAGUCGCUCAGCAAUGGAUAGUCGGAGCAAUUCUCAUAAGCGGAAACAUAGUUUUGAACAUGAUUCCAAUUCCCCUCGAACUCAAACAAAAGGGGACGAUGAUAAUAAUCAUAGGCAUAAAAAAUCAAAAAAGAAAGACCAUUCCAGGUCAAGAUCACAUUCAAGGUCUCAUUCCAGUCAAUCCCACUCCCAUCAUCAGUCAUUCAGAACUAGUAAUUCUGAUUGGGAACAGCAUCGGCAUAAAAAGAAGAAAAAGAAAAAGAAGUCUCACCAUAGAUCCAGCAGUGAAAGUCCUUAAAAAGAUUGCAACCCAAGGAUAAUGAUCAAUGUUUCCAAUUUAUUUAUGAAGUAAUGUCCUUAAACUGCUCUUGAGUACUCAUAAGAAUUCUAUGUUUUUGAAAUGCUGCUGAAAGAUAAUUUUCGUAUCCUUGUUAGCAAGGAACAUUAAUUCCAAAAUGUUUAAAUUUUAUAAGAGGAAAUGAAAUAAAUCCACUAAAGAUUUUAUAAUUACGAUAUUAACAAAUUCCCAUUGAUCUGUUUUCGUUUGAUUCUAUUGUUACAAUAUGUUACAAGUAAUAGUAAUGUUACUUUGGCAUGUUUACUUUGCAUGAGAUUGUUAAAACAAUUUUAGUAUUAUAUAAAUUGUUUAAUACACCGAAAUAUUAAAAUUAAGUUUAAAUAUUUUGUGAAUUAGGCAUUCAGCAGCAAUUUGAUUUCAGAAUUGUUAUGCUUCAAAUUGUUAGGCUGUUUUCCAUGUUUUUGUGUGUAAUAUCACUGAGCAUUUUAAUUUGUGCCAAAGGGUGCUUUGGAACUUUUUGUACAGACUUUCAUUUUCAUAUCAAUUGUACAUAGACAUUUCUACUUCUGAAAACUAGUGUGAAGCUGUGCUAUUUCCCAUGUAAUAAUUCUUAGCACGAAAUGUGUACAUUUCUGUUUCCUAAAAAGGAAUGUAAUAUUUUAAUUUUGCAUAUGGAGUUAUUUAUAAAAAAACAAACAAACUCUGAGGACAAGAGAAUAGCGAGUGUAGUAUUUUUACUGAAGAGAUUUGUUAGCGAUUAAACUUUAAAAAAUUGAGCUCUCCUUUAAACUCCACAUGUACCUUGUACAGAAAUAAAAUUUGAAAGGAUUGUAUUCUUAAUUUACCAUAUCACAAAUUAAUUAAACUGUUUAUUCCAUUGUUAUUUUGUAUAUGAAUUUUGAGAAAAGGAUUUUCAUUGUUUCAAACUUCUGCACUAGAAAUGAAAAUUUAUAAUGUUUCCUCAUUGUACAAUCUUGCACUUGCAUUUGCAUUUGGUCUCAACUUUAACGAUAUUCUCACAAGUGUUUCUAUUCCUAAUCUAAUUCAACAGUAUUACAUUAUUAAUUGUUUUCUUUCAAUGAGUUUAUCUUAAAGGUCAUGUUUAUGGAAUGAAUGAAGUUGAAAAUUAUUUUCAAGAAGCAGUAGUACUGUUCCUGGAUAUUUUCUUUUUGAUUGCUAGAGACUGCAGAAUUUUUUAUGAGAUUUUUUAUGAUUAUAUGUGAAUUUUAAAAUGUUAGUUGAGUCUUGAAAGAGUGAGGAUAAUAGAACAGUUUUUCAAAAAAUAGAAAUAACUUAAAUAAAAUAAAAUCCUACUACAGACAGGCCCAAAUUGGUUCAACUUGUAAGUCAUACACAAUAAAUUUGAACAAAUUUCGCAAUUGAGAAGAGGGAGUUCUUAUACAUCUUUCUAGGAAAUGUAUUUACUUAUUUAAACUUAUAAGAGAGUCAUCCUAUGUGUGUUGUACUUGAAAAAGUAGCAAAC